AUGACUUCAGAAAAUCCAUGGAAGGUUCGCCCCCAGUCCGAGAAAAGAACAGGACGGAGGUCCAGUGGGAACAACCUGUGUCUCCCGACCUACCAAACAAUGUCCACGGUUCAAGAUGUGAUGCAGAAGCUCCGUCGACAGUCAGAUCCGAAGGACGAGUUCUUGGAUUUGGAUUCUUUGGAACUAAAGGGAAGCAAUGGCUCACACUCACGGACAGAGGAGGAGUGUGUCCUCGAAGCCGCCAGCUUGGUAUCGAGUCUUGGUCGGGAGGUUAAUAAUACCAGUGUCAUUCGCAUUGCCUCUGUCCCACUGGUUAGGAGCAUAGUAUGUGACGAUGAGUCAGAUGAAGAGGAUCUUGAGAUAGACAGUACAUGUACGAGUAAGAGCGACGACAGUGACAUCUACGAACAACUCGCUAAACGAUUCUUUCGUCGGUCGCCGUAUUUAAGUUCGAGUGUUUCGCCAGGGCUACGACGAUCGAAGGCGACGAACAGUGAGAAACUUUUAUUGGAGACUAUAAAACGGCACGAUCGUCCGCAGGCUCCACGGCUACAUAGACCACUCAUGAUGCCGGCAGGAGCAAGAGAUAUCCCGAAGCCGACCAAAAAGAAAAUUCGCCCCAGUUCAGCUGCGGCGAAGUUGCAGAGCCAUCCGAAGUUUUACACCACAACUUUGUAUGAUGUGGGACGACCGACGACAGCUGUCCUCAGUACUGGUGGACUUCCCAGCGAAAAGGCCAACCUGUCGCAGCGACCAGUGACACAUGCUGGGCCCAGGGGAUUUCCUAAGGUCCAGGAGACGACCAGACAGAGGAGGAAUACGCUGUCAACGGUCGCAGGGAUCGCAGACACAGAGACAGCCGUCAGAGGAAUCGCACCGCCGAUUCCAACGGGGACAGUUCUCAAGUCGAAGAUAGAAGAAAAGAUUAAUAUUGAAACCCUUGAAGAACUAAAAGGUGCAUUUGAACAAGCUCAGUAUGGCAGCCUCAACCUGGACGAGUUCAAAGACUUGUUGCGACUGAAGCUCCAUGUUACAGGAGGAAAGAUUGCACAAAUUGAUGCCCUGUUCCAGAAGAUUGACUGGUCGUCCGAGGGCCAGAUCACAUGGGAUGAAUUCUGCACCUACAUGCAGCUGGAGUAUGCGGAGAAAGAAGACUCGUAUCUCCGAGCCAAGGAGGUGCUCUUCCACCUACCGGCCAAGAUAGAACAGAUACCUCACCGCGAACCUGUGCUAAGAAUAACGGACACAUCGGAUGGACACUUCAUAGCGUGUAGCAAAGACGGCAUGGUGUCGUUUUGGUCCAGUCUGCUAGAUAUCAAGAGAACAAGAACUGUUGUGACUGCUGAGAUGAGUGCAAGACAGAAACAGAAGUGGAUUACAGACUUUGUGAUAAUGAACCAAUACAACAAAUUUAUUGUCGGGACGGGAGAUCGAGAAAUCCAAUUCUUUGAACUGUCUUCCUUUGAACCAUAUUGUCAAAUAAGCGGACUUGAAACUGUGCCAUUAAAACUAGACUACUGCUCAACAGGGUAUGACGAAUGUAUGAUUCUGUACGGAGACAGUACGGGUUGUGUGAACAUCCUCGUCAUUCAUUCAGCUGGAGAGUGCCUGAGAACAUGGAAAAAGAUGCCAAAGCAAGACGGAAUAGCCAAUGUUGGCAUCGAACACGUUGCGAAUUCGUCAGUUUGUAAAUUUAUUCGAUGGAAGGUGCAUGACGACUGGGUGCAAGAGUUGAAGUAUUAUGAUAACAUUCGACAAGUCAUAUCAUGCUCCAACCAUGCUUCCACAGCGCUAGUGAUAGGUUCCACAGUAGGCAGCACACACGUAGAACAACAGCUCAAGGAAAUCAAAGACCCCAGCUCCAACCACGAGAAGGCAAAAACAAAUAAAUUGAACUACUCAUAUACGCAGAUGCGACACCGUCUUGAUGCCGACCAGACCGUGUUCAAGAUCUACAAGGGCGUCAAGACGUUUGAUUUCUCCAAGAGUAAAAACGUGAUUGUGACCGGAGGAAUGGAUCGUAUUCUCCGGAUAUGGAAUCCGUAUGUUUGUGCGAAACCAACCGGGACGUUGCGGGGUCACAAUGCCCCCAUCUGUUACCUGAAGAUAGCCGAGGAGGAGAACAGGGUGUACAGUGUUUCAACAGACAGGUGUAUCAAGGUUUGGGACAUCUCGGAUCACAACAUUCUCCUGACGAUCCGACCAAAGGGACACAAAAUCCGCGGCGACCUCCAAGCGUGCUUCUAUUCAAACGUCGCCAAAGGUCUAGCGGUAGCGACGGAUACCAUGGCGUUGGUCAGCCAGAGACUCCGUCCAACGCUGCAUGCGGACAUCCCCAUCACUCACAAGGAACCCAUCCACUGCUGCAAAUACAAUCCAAGCUUUAAGCAAGUCAUCACGUGUUCAGAUGGUUCGGCAGUCAAAGUUUGGGACUUUGAAUCUGGUAAUGCUAUAUUUGACUACGGAGAUGCCCAUGGUGAUUCUGCCAUCACGUGCAUGACCUUCGACAACACAGGCAGACGUCUGAUCACAGGCGGUAGAGAUGGCUGCCUUCGAAUAUGGAACUACAACAAUGGACACUGCUUACGGACCAUGACAAAAGAACACGGCAAUGAAGAGAUCUGCUCCAUAACAUAUGUUGAGCUGAAUAAGAAUAGAUAUGUGAUAAGCGUUGGCUGGGACAAGAAGAUCAACAUCUACCCUGACUCCCUUGAGGGCACCAUCCACCACAUCCAGCACCCGAUGCCAAAGUGGGGUGACGACCAGAACGGACACAAGGAGGACAUACUCUCGGUCGCUCAGUGUCCGCCGAACCUGCUGGCCACGUCAAGUUACGACGGCGAAGUUAUCGUGUGGAAUCUCGUCUCUGGACAUAUCUUCUGCCAUAUGGUAGCGGACGUUCCAGAGGGCUAUGAGGAUGAAUCUUUGGAUGGUGAUUUGAGUAUAAACAAGCUGCUCUUCCUGAUGACCCGCAGCAGCAACAAGGAUGUCGCAUCAUUAGUCGCCAGCGGACCACGGGGACAUGUGCACUUCUGGAACUGUUAUCAAGGUGGCUGUGUCCGAGGGAGGUUCCUUGCAACUCAACAAAUUGGCGGCAUGAUCACUGCCAUGGAUGUCAACAAAAGGAACACAGUGUUGUAUACCGCUGAUAACUUUGGCUUCAUCUGUGUUUGGAAUAUAGGAAUGUACGCUAUGGAACACACGGAGAACAGUCCACCUGAAUUGUUGUUCACUUGGCGAGGGCACAUUGAGAGCGUUACUUGUAUAGAUCUGGUCGAGGAACAUAAAAUGAUGCUGACGGCUUCUCUCGAUUGUACGGUCAGGAUGUGGACGUUAGACGGAGAGUAUGUAGGUACAUUUGGACAGCCCGAUCCCUGGGACGUCUUUGACUCAGAGACGUUCAUCCACCCUAUGGUACCGUACGACGUGCUGGUCGACCCCAUGAGUUUACCCUCCCAUCCUGUCCUAAGCGACAGAGUGAGUGACAGUCGAGGUGGAGAGUCAGAGGAACCAGAAGAAGAGAAGGAGAAGCAGGAGAAACCCCAGGCGUUGACACCAACAUUCUACGGGCGGUCAUCGUUCUAUGUUGAUGAUGCAACUAUCGCUGAGCAGAUCAAAGAGAAGCCGUUUAACCAUGGCACAGGAAAAAGGUUGCGCCAUGAGAAGAACAAACCAAUCCGAAUCGAUCGUGGAGGGCCGAGUGAAUACCAGUACUUGACCUGCUACGAAUUAGAAGACACGCCAGAACUUGAGGCCCCUAAACUACGAGCGAACAAGAAUGACCCACUGAACUUUGACUAUUUUGACGAUUGAGAGAAAUCUGUCCACAGUAAUGAUAUGUACCUUGUUAAUUGGAACUGGUAUCAAGGGUCACUCAAGUACAUGUCAGUUUUUUUUUUGUGCCGGCAAUCUUGAUCACAAAAGUCGAAAUUGUAGCUAUUUGUCAAAGUUUACCUCGGCCAAAUAUCGUCUUCCCUGCAAAACUGUGAUAUCAUACUUCGGAGAAGAAUGCCACAAAACAAUCUAAAGCGCUUAACAAAUGAGCAGUUUGAAUAGCUGUGACCUGCUCACAUGAUAUCACUCUUCUGCGGAUAUCAUUUCAAGAGCCUGUGACAGGAAUACAUCAUCAGAUUUGUGAGGCUUAUUUAUUAGAUUUCCGUCCAAUCCAUUGUCAUAAUUAUAGUUGUAUUCAAUGAAACAGAGUACCUGUUUCUACUUUUGAGAUAGAGGAACAUUUCUCAAGGCGCUCAAAAGUGCAAAAUGUUUGAAUUGCUUCAGAGCAUUUUAACUCUGAAGUCUUCAUAUGUAUGUGUAUAAAACUUACAGUAAUAUUGCACCACUGUUUGUGUGAUUGGAGCACAAUUAUGGUGGUAAGUAACUAAUUUAACGCGCAAGUGUGACAUUGCAUUUAACAAUGUGCACCUUUUUAGUCAGUUGUUGCAACUUGUACAUAAAUAUUUUGGUAGUGAGUUCAGAGGAGAUCAGAAUAAAACCACAUUUUAAGUUAAUAAUAA